AAGACAAGUCAAAUCUCUUUUACAAGGCUGGAAGCGUCGCGGUCGUGGCGGCUGAAGCCUGAAGCUCCUCUCUUUUCAACUCUCUGUUAAAGUUCUAGUAAAGAAGAAAAACGAAAAAGAAAGAAGACAACAAAUAGAGGGCGGAGAAAAGAUCAGCCAUUGACAAACACAGAGAGCGGCAAUCUAUGAAUUCACUGCUCAAGUUUCGAAAGCCAUUAAGCUCUUCCUUCACCUCAUUAUCCUUGCAACGCUUCUCUUCAACUCUCAACUAUGCUUUCAAGGAGAAAAAGGAGGCGACGAGCUUUGUACACCCAACUGCAAUUGUUCAUCCCAAUGCUGUGAUUGGCCAGGGUGUUUCAGUAGGUCCUUUUUGUACAAUUGGUUCUUCUGCAAAGCUAGGAAAUGGAUGUCGAUUGCAUCCUUCGAGCCAUGUUUUUGGAAAUACAGAAUUGGGGAACCACUGCAUUUUGAUGACUGGUGCGGUUGUCGGUGAUGAUAUUCCCGGGCGUACUGUAAUUGGAUGCAAUAACAUCGUCGGGCAUCAUGCUGUGGUUGGAAUCAAAUGCCAAGACAUGAAAUACAAGUUAGGGGAUGAAUGUUUUCUUGUUAUUGGGGACAACAAUGAGAUCAGAGAAUUUACUUCAAUCCACCGAUCUUCAAAAGCAUGUGAUAGAACAGUUAUUGGCGAUAACAAUCUUAUCAUGGGAUCUUGUCAUGUUGCGCAUGACUGCAAAAUUGGUAACAAUAACAUAUUUGCUAAUACAACUCUCCUGGCAGGACAUGUCAUCGUGGAAGACUAUGUGCACACUGGAGGAGCAACCAUUGUUCAUCAGUUUUGUCAUAUUGGCUCAUUUUCUUUCCUUGGUGGUGGAUCUGUGGUUUCGCAAGAUGUCCCAAAGUACAUGAUGGUUUCUGGAGAUAGAGCUGAGCUUCGUGGUUUGAAUUUGGAGGGUCUUCGGCGUUGUGGAUUCCAAGUUGCAGAGAUUAAAAGUCUGAGAGCAGCUUAUAGAAAAAUUUUCAUGCCUAGUGACACAAACUCUAUGGGUUUCGAUGAGCGACUCUCUGAAGUGGAACUUAAUGAAGAUUUGGGCAACAUUCCUGCUGUAUGUUCCAUGCUCCAGUCCAUCCGUGAUUCUUUCGCUGAAAAUCGUCGUGGAAUAUGCAAAUUCAGACAAUGGAGCCGUUCUUGAAAGCAUUGCCAGAAUCUUUACGACAACUGUAGCUUUCCGAGCUUUGUAUUCUCUGAUAUACACACAUUCACAUUUUGAUUGAAGCUGCUAUUGGUUUAACCUAUGUUACCUAGACCAGGGAGUGAGUGUCGGAUACGGAUGUGUCGGUCCGACACGAGUAUACUCGACCCCCCCCCCAAAACAAGUAUUUGAUAUAUUUAGAGGAUCAUAUCCUCAUAUCUGUGUCUGAGUAUGUGUUCGGCAUGAGUACAACAAACAAUAUGAAGAUACCGGAUGAGAUAGGG